GAAAAAAUAAAUAAAGUUAGCUGGACCCCAUUGUCGAGAUGGUCCCAUAAUAGAAGAAGAUAGAGAAAUGAAACGGGAUUAGUCCACGUGGUAAAAUCAGAAUGAUUCUUUUAAAGAUCAUCCAACACAUCAAGACCGUUGAUUUAUUCCCGCAUCAAAAAAGCGCUCAAUACUACUUACUAUUCUCACUUGCUCUCUCUGUUAUAUUAUAUAUAAAGAGAGACGACGAGUCCACAUUUACUUAUUAAUCUCCUUGGACGUGUAACGCCGGUAAAUCGAUUCUUUCCCACUGCCAUCCUCCGCUUUCUCCGUUUUGCUUUUCCGUCGUCAUCUCCACCGUCCGUUUAUAUUUUUCAAUGGCGACGUAUCAUCAGAAGCAAGAAGAAGUUGGAGUUAAAGAUCAAACCCUUAGUAGAGCUGUUGUCAUCAACGGCGUCAGAAACGUCGAGACUUCAAGACCUUUCCAAGUAAACGCCACUGUUAGUCUCGAACCCAAACCGGAGCCGACGAUGCAGAUGCAAGUUCCGUUGUCUUUGGCUCCACCGUCGUCGACUGGACCCCCAUUGAAGAGAGCUUCGACUAAAGACCGUCACACUAAGGUUGAAGGGAGAGGGAGAAGGAUACGGAUGCCUGCCACGUGUGCGGCUAGGAUAUUUCAGUUGACACGAGAGUUAGGUCACAAAUCCGACGGAGAGACGAUUCGGUGGUUGUUGGAAAACGCAGAGCCGGCGAUUAUUGCCGCUACGGGUACGGGAACGGUUCCCGCCAUAGCUAUGUCGGUUAACGGAACACUAAAAAUCCCGACGACGACGAACGCUGAUUCCGAUUUGGGUGACAACCCGAUGAAGAAGAAACGUAAACGACCUUCUAACAGUGAGUAUAUUGACAUAAACGACGCCGUUUCAGUUUCCUCCGGUUUAGCUCCCAUUACUACGACGACGAUGAUCCAACAACCUCCUGCUGCACCAUCCACCACCGUGGCUCAGCAACAACAUAUGUAUCCGAUGUGGGCGAUUCCAUCAAACGCAGUGAUUCCGACGGUCGGAGCUUUCUUCUUGGUUCCACAAAUCGCUGGUCCGGCGAAUCAGCCUCAGUUAUUAGCUUUUCCCGCCGCCGCAGCUGCUCCGCCGUCGUCUUAUGUCGCGGCUGUGCAGCAGGCUUCAUCGUUGGCUAGACCACCACCUUCUCAUCAGGUUUACCCGGGCAGCGGCGUUUCAGACGUAAGCGGUUCGAAUUCAUUAAGAACGACGUCGGCUAUGGCUCCGAGCUCAAGCUCCGGUAUAAAAACAGGCGGGUCAUCAUCUUCUGUAACAACAACGACGACGCACACGCUGAGAGACUUUCCGCUAGAGAUAUACGAGAAACAAGAGCUUCACCAGUUCAUGAGCACGACAACAACACGGUCAUCGAACCACUAAAGAAAAGAAAGAAAGAAAUGGGAAACGUCGGCGUAUUAGCAAUCGGGAAAAGGCACAUGGGCACGUGAAGAAGCGCACGUGUUAAGUAGGGCUAGAAUUUAGGCAAGAAGUGGGUCCAUGUCGUUGGUGGGUCAACACGCACCAAAAAGAAGAAGAGAGAGUGGGGGAAAGAGGGCCACACGGCUCCCACCUUAAGCAUAGCUUCCGAGGCAGCCAGGUUGGGUGUGGUCCCCCAAAAUGGUUAGAGCUACGUGGUCCGUAUGAAGUAGGACCAGCUUAAAAGCAUUAUUCCGAAACGUUUUUGGUGGGGGCUCACCACUUUGUCUUGACUUUUUUUUUUGGUCUUUGUUGUAAUUACAACAAAAAGAUUAAUUGAAGCCUUCUCUAAGUCAUGGUCCACUCAACAACAAUUGUGAUAUUGUCGUUUUUUAAUUUUCAUAUAUGUAAUCUGUAACAAAGCGAAUAGUAUUUCUUUUUUACCUAAAUAAAUUAU